CUUAACCGCUGCGCCACUGGGCCGGCCCCUGAAUCAUUUCUCUUUUCCAUUAGUUUGAAAUGCCAUCUCUAGUAACAUAUUAAAUUUCCAUAUCUACAAAGAUCUUUUUUUAAAAAAAAUUCUCUAUUCUGUUAGCUCAAAUUGCUCUUGCACGCUGACCCUUCUUGCUUUUUUUGUCUUUAAGAACUCCUCUCCUGUCCCCUGCCAGCAGCCCUCACGUGCCUCCACCACUGGGUAAACAUUUUAAGAAUUCUCAGAUGUGUUGCUUAUAUUGUGUGACGGGACCUUAUCAGGUGUGAGAGGUUCUUAAUCAAGGUUUCGAAUCCACUUGAAGUGUUUAUGAUGAUAAAAGUACGAGCUUUUUGUCUGUAACACUGUUUUCCUCUUCAUGACCUCAGCCCUCCAGCCUCCUGCCAUGAGACUCUUGAGUUCUGCUCAAAUAGAAAAGGAGAACGUUUUUUUCCUAACACCCCCUAAGGCCAUCACUCCGAUAUUCCCUCCUUCGUGGUGAACUCACUACGUUAGAGCUAGAGAAAGUUCAAGGCAGUGAAAGAGCAGUUUGUGCUUUGACUUGCAAAUAUUUUUAAUCCCCUAAAAAUAAACCAAGAGCUGCAAAUAAGCAAGAGUGUUCCCACACUGUGUUUCCUAAAUUAGUUAUUUCUGAGGAGCUGAAGAAUACAUUUUGUUUUUCUGCUCGGGGCCACCUGCUUGUGAUUCAAUGCGUGAUUCUGUUCUGUAUCUUAAUGCCAUUUCUUAUUUGUUUGGAGGCCGGCAUACUCCCUCAGAGGUGAUGGGAAGAUUGUGUUUUGGAAAUGAAGUAUAAAUGAGAUUAAAAAAUUUAUGGAGAAGGGCCUGAGUUUCCGCCAGGUCUCCACUGGAACGAAUGACCCAGCACCUGCCCAAUUUUUGAGACAGCUCACAGCUUAGAAGAAGGCUCAUCUAAAUAAAGGUCGGCUAAAGUGACAUUGCAAGGAUUUAAUCCUUCUCUGACUUCCCAUGUGACCAGAAGGCUGAUUUGCAAGUUUCUGCUUUCCUGCAGUCCAGAUUAUUAGGUCUCUGGGGCCCUGCAAUUUGACAGCAGGAGAAGUGCAAAAUGAAGAAAGGCCGAGAUGAGCACCAGCAGCAGGGACCUGGGGGCCUCCUUGGGGCUUUUACAUACCAGAGAGAAAGAUUCUCUGGCCAUCAAAGGAAAUAGCAAACCCGACCCUUUGUUCUGGGACACAGCCGCCUACCACGGAGCAUCAGGCUGCACGGCCAGCCAGAGAGUUCCUGGAGCCUGCUCAGGGAAGUGGCUGUGGGAAAUGCAUGUGUGUCUGAUUGUAUAGUGGGAGCUGGGAAGUUCAACAUGAAGGAAGCUGUGAAAUGUCUCCAGUGAGGUGGGCAGCUUUUGGCUUGGCUCGGUUCACUCUGCUGGCCCCUUUGCCUCUGCCCUCCUCUGAUUGAAGCCAAGAAGGGAGUUGCUCACCAAGGAGUCUUUGCCCAGCUCUGCAGGCCAGCUCUCACGGACACAGGGCUCUGGCAGUCCUUAACUCCUAUCUCCCACCCACCAGCCUCUUCCGCUCCUCCCCAACCUGCCCUUGAUCGGUGCCCCUUUGCUGAGAUGGAGACGUGAGCCCGUGUGGACGAUGACUGCAGUGUAUGUGAAUGGAGGCAGCCUGCUGAACCCCCAUUAUGCCAGAUGGGAUCGGCGGGAGAGCGUGGAGAGUGGCUGUCAGACAGAGUGCAGCAAGGAGGAUGAGGAGGGACAGCCUCGCCAGCUGACACCCUUCGAGAAGAUGACACAGGACAUGUCCCAAGAUGAGAAGGUGGUGAGAGAGAUCACACUGGGGAAACGGAUUGGCUUCUACCGAAUCCGAGGGGAAAUCGGAAGUGGGAACUUUUCCCAAGUCAAGCUCGGGAUUCACUCCCUAACCAAAGAAAAGGUGGCCAUUAAGAUCCUGGACAAGACCAAGUUAGACCAGAAAACCCAAAGGCUACUAUCCCGUGAAAUCUCCAGCAUGGAAAAACUGCACCAUCCCAACAUCAUCCGCCUUUACGAAGUCGUGGAGACCUUAUCCAAGCUCCACCUGGUGAUGGAGUAUGCAGGGGGUGGUGAGCUCUUUGGGAAGAUUAGCACUGAAGGGAAGUUCUCAGAACCAGAAAGCAAGCUCAUCUUCUCCCAGAUCGUGUCUGCCGUGAAGCACAUGCAUGAAAACCAAAUUAUUCAUAGAGAUCUGAAAGCAGAAAAUGUAUUCUAUACCAGUAAUACUUGCGUGAAAGUGGGCGAUUUUGGAUUCAGCACAGUGAGUAAAAAAGGUGAAAUGCUGAAUACUUUCUGUGGGUCUCCUCCCUACGCUGCACCCGAACUUUUCCGAGACGAGCAUUACGUCGGCGUCUAUGUGGAUAUCUGGGCCUUGGGAGUGCUUCUGUACUUUAUGGUGACAGGCACCAUGCCAUUUCGAGCAGAGACGGUAGCCAAACUGAAGAAGAGCAUCCUGGAGGGCACGUACAGCGUGCCUCCGCACGUGUCGGCGCCCUGCCUCCGCCUCAUCCGGGGCGUCCUGCAGCCCACGCCCACCGAGAGGUACGGGAUCGACUCCAUCAUGAACAAUGAAUGGAUGCAAGGGGUGCCGUAUCCCACUCCUUUGGAACCUUUCCAGCUAGAUCCCAAACACUUGUCAGAAACCAGCACCCUCAAAGAAGAAGAAAAUGAGGUCAAAAGCACUUUAGAACAUUUGGGUAUUACAGAAGAGCAUAUUCGGAAUAACCAAGGGAGAGAUGCCCGAAGCUCCAUCACAGGGGUCUAUCGAAUCGUUUUACACAGAGUCCAAAGGAAAAAGGCUUUGGAAAGUGUCCCAAUAAUGAUACUUCCAGACCCUAAAGAAAGGGACCUAAAGAAAGGGUCUCGUGUCUACAGAGGCAUAAGACACACAUCUAAAUUUUGUUCAAUUUUAUAAAUUGCAUUAGGUUGCUGGUAAUUAACCAAGAUCAUUGUUGCUGCUUUUAAACUUUUUCAAGGACAACUUGGGUGGAGACAUUUUUGUAAUUUUUAAAUAAAUUUUAAUUUAAGAUAU